AUGAUCCCUAGUCAGCUCGCGCCUCGUGACAAAUCUUCAGCACUAGAUCGUAGGUGGGCUGAAAUCGUGACUAUGACUGGACAGCCUCGCACGAAAUGGCCUGGCGGCCUUGUAACAUACUGUUUUGAAGACGUAAACGCCCGCGUCCACUUCGCCGACGAUAUCAAUGCAGCUUGGAAACUUUGGACGGACAAAAUUGGAAAAGCUGGCAGCGUAAGCGGCCACUCACUUGAGUUCCAUGAGUACAAGGUCCAACACGGCCAAUGGCCCCACUGCUACAACCAACGCAAGAAGGAUUCUGAUCCUUGGGUUUGGAAUGACGCUUAUCCGCACGAUGUUGCCGUUAUUCAAGAAUCUACGAGCCCUGAUGUCCAGGCUUCUUCGGUCACGGGUUACAUACCAGCAGAGUGGAGUGAUUUGCCCGGUCGACACGGUGCGCAUCUUGGUAUAAACUUCAAAAGCAAGUAUCCAGCAGACUACUGGCACACAACCGUUGCCCACGAACUAGGUCAUAUCUUCGGUUUCUGGCACGAGCAUCAGCGGUAUGAUCGUGAUGACUACGUUCAUUUCGAUUGUUCCAAAGUCCGAGGUUACGCUGCCGCGAAAGCUAAAGUCGACGCAGCGAAGAAGCAUAGCAUGGAGGAAGUCUGCGCCGACUAUCGUCUAGCUCUGCAAUAUGACUUCACAGCUAUCCAGGACUUCGAUACAACCGACCAUAUCGAUCCUCACCACAAAGAUGGUAAAGGCUGGCCCUUGUUCAUCAAGCACGAUCUAGAGUUUGAUGAUGAGUCCAUCAUGUUGUAUACCUCUGCAGAGUUUGCCAAUGAUGGAGCCGAUAUAGACGAUGUGAUGCAAGUACCGUUGGCAUUCUGGAAGGAUCGCGGUAUAGGUUUCGAUCCACCACCUCAAGUUGAGAAAGAGGACCUGGAGAUUAUCGACGUCAGGUGGAAGGUCAGUAAUGGUGAUUUAGAGGGCGUAAGGCACCUAUAUCCUUAUUUGGGGAAGGAUGAAGAUAGUCAAAAGUAG